GAAGUAGAUGAAAAUAUGCUGAAAAUUCCGAAGCAAAUAAAUAGUGUAUUAACCAACUGAAAAAAUAAAAGUGAGAAUAUGCGAAGAAUUCCGUGCUGAUUAUACAAAUUUAACGAACACAUUAAAAACUAAAAAUGUAAUUGCCUAUUAAAAUGAAGCUAAGAAAUCUGUGCUGAUUAUACAAAUUUAAUUAACACAUUGCAAAAAUUAUUAGCACACUAAAAAUACACAUUUAAUUAGCACAACAACAAAAAAAAUAAUCCACUGGCUACAAAAUGCAUUAAAUCUCAGGAAGGCACGUGAGCUAGCGUUCUCUCUCUCUCUCUCUCUCUCUCUCACACACACACACACACACACUAUGGGCGUGGUUAACUGCAAAUUAAGGAAAUAUUUCAACAUGUACACCACCGCGGUCGAAGAGAGUGAAUGACAAGUGAUGGCUGUUGUAAGUGACUGAUCUAUGAAGUUGUUAAAGACAACACUUUAAAAAAACAUGGCUUGAAAUAAUAUUUUUUGCUCGAAGUUAUUAGCAUUUUCUCGAGAGAGAAAAUGUGCUUUUUGAAGAUUCAAAACCAAACGACAGGGUGCUUUGUGGAAAGCUCCGCCAGGGAGGACUAUCAGAACACCUGACCAUUUUUCGCUGCGGAAAGAACAUGAAAAGCGUGCUUGGAAAGGCGAGAGAGCGAAGCGCGAUGCAGCGCUUCAGCCACAGUGGCAUGGCGCUUUUACCGUGGACCAGACAGAUCCUGACAGUACUGUGGGAAAACGUCCGCUUAAUGCUUCAAGUCAUCUGCUGCAGCUUAAUGGCAGUUUUCCAGAUGUUCAGGUUUGAACUUCACCUGCGCAUCACAGAUGACACAGGAGAACAUAUUCAGCACAUGACGAAUGCCCAUGGUGAUACCGAAGGUUUUCUCCUGUCAUCACUGUUUGAAAGUAACAAGAAUGUUGUAGUGGCAGGUCCAAAUCCGCUGUCAAGGUUUAACAAGGAUCCUUUCAACCUAAAUUCACAUUCCAGGUCUGUCCUGUCCAGUCUUGUGAAUGACGAUCUCUGCUGCUCAUUGGUGGACAAUUUAGUAUCUUGUGCAACUGAGUGUCUCAAUGAAAAUGAAGAUGUAUGUGUAGGAGAGCAGUUUGGCUGGAAGCACAGGUUUGACUGGAAUUUUCAUACAGGUUUAGAGGGUAGAGUAGAUGAAGAAUGUCUACCAACUCUUUAUGGAAAUGAGGUUCAGAAACAGAGCGAUUGUUGUACAGGAGUGGAAUGUAAUUGGUCAAGGUUAAAUUUCAAAAGUCAAAGUUCAGAUAGCGAGUUCAGCUGGGGUAGCUCAGAUAGUUCUUCCAUAGAUAGAGAGCGAGAGGACAGUGAUGGGCUCUGGGAUCUUCUUAGGUGUUCCAAUGAUCCAUACCACCCACUGCACUUCACAGCAUGUAUGUCCAGUGCAGUUGCUAAUAGACAGAGAACACAACCAGGAUCAAGUCUGCAAAGAAAUGAUUUCACAUCAACACCAUCUAGUGUGUUCUGUUUCUCAGAUUCUAGUGAGCAAGGAAACACUGAGACUGUCAACUCGGAAGAUGAAGAAGAGGCAUUGUGGAAGUCUCUGUCUUGGGAUGAUGACCCUUACCACCCAUUGAAUUUUAGAGCUCCUCUCAGCAGUGCACACACAUUUACAGACUCCCAUGAGAAAGGCCCUAAAACAUCCAGAGACUCCACAAGCACUAGAUGUCCCAAGCCAAUUUUGAUGCAAAGGCAAGUUUUCAGUCACCGGUGUCCUCAGAUGUGUGUGGAGAAGCCAGAUAAAGUGCCCUGGAAAAGGCCCAUAAAUAAGACUGUUGAUGCCAGCAUGACAAAGAAAAUUUCUACUGUGAAAAGGGUGAAAUUCUCUCCAGUUGUACAAAUUCACAAGAUGAGAGCUUGGUCGUUUGCUCUUCAAGCAUGCCGUAAGGGGCCAUGGGAGGAGCACGCUCGGGAUAGGGACCGUUUCCAGAGGAGAAUUUUGGAAACAGAGCAGGCCAUCGGAUAUUGUUUCAUGCGGUCACACAGAGAUAAGUUUUUUAUCUAUCACCAAAGUACACUAACCAAAUAAGCAUAUUCAUAACAACUCUGUUGUGUUGCGCACACAUUUUUCAGGCUCAAGUCUGUUAACAAAUCUAAAUAUUUUCUUUACAGUGCCUUGUAGACUAGUAACAAAUGAAAGUAACAGUGUGACAGCUGUUUUACCAUAAAUGUAGCUGGCAUACAGUCAGGUCCAUAAAUAUUUGGACAGUAACACAAUUAUUGUAAUUUUGCCUCUGUACACCACAAUGUAUGUGAAAUUAAUCAAUCAAGAUGUAAUUGAAGUGUAGACUUUCAGCUUUAAUUCAAGAGGUUUAACAAAAAUAAAUGGAAUCCCUCCAUUUUCACAGGCUCACAAGUAAUUGGACAAACUAACAAACAUAAAUAUUACGAUUAUUUUUCAUUCUUGGAUGCAAAUCCUUUGCAGUAAGGGACUGUCUGAUAUCUGGAACCCAUGGACAUCACCAAAUGGUGAGUUUUCUCCCUUGAGAUGCUUUUCCAGGCCUUUACUGCAGCUGCCUUCAGUAGCUGCAUGUUUGUGGAUCUUUCUGUGAGUUUUGUCUUCAGUAAGUGAAAAGCAUGCUCAAUUGGGUUGAGGUCAGGUGAAUGACCCAGCCAUUUAUGAACAUUCCAUUUAUUUGCCUUAAGAAGCUCUUUGGUUGCUUUUGCAGUACAUUUUGCAUCAUUAUCCAUCUGUGAAGUGCCAUCCAAUCAGUUUUGCGGCAUUUGAAUGAAUCUGAGCAGAAAGUAUAGUUCUAUACAUUUCAGAAUUCAGCAGUCACAUCAUCAAUAGACACCAAUGACCCAGUUCCAUUGACAGCCAUACAUGCCCAUGCCAUAACAGUUCCUCCACUAUGUUUGACAGAUGAUGUGGUAUGCUUUGGAACACAAGCCCUUCCUUUCCUUCUUCACUCUUCUCUUCCCAUAAUUCUGGUACAAGUUAAUCUUGUGUCAGAACUGUAUUUACAUUUAUGAAGGCAUCACUUGAUUGUAGAUUUUUGAUAUGAUACAGACAGUGAUACACAUACCUCCUCCAGAGUGUUCUUGACUUGGCUAGGUGUUGUGAAGGGGUUUUUCUUCAACAAGGAAAGAAUACUGUGAUCAUCCACUUUAGU